AUGAGAAGUCGUAAUAAAAAUCGUUGGUCAAACACUUCACGUAAUAAUUUCAAUUUACAACGUCCCGUUCAAAAUGAAAGGUUUAUCUCUGAUGAAGAUGGAUCUAAGGACAAAAUGACUCCAGCAUCAUCACGAUUAUCCACCUCAACCCGAUCAUCACCUUCAGCUAAAGACACUUUCGAGUCUCCUUCAACACCUCAACAGCGAAAAAGAUUUCAUCUUGAUAAGGAUAACUUAUCUUUACUACCAGUAUCUGAUAAUUCACGACUGUUAACACCUAGAGUUCUGAUUGAGACUGAUGAUAUAAUUCCUGAUUCAAUGCAAUCUUAUAUUCGAGGUAAUAAAAAGACUAGUGGAUAUUCUGAAACAAUUGAAAAUAGAUUCAAUAAUGUUAUUGAUACUAUUACAAGCUUAAAAGGGCAACAAUCAGCUCUUAGAGAGAUGGAUCAAAAGGAAAAAAAAAUUGAACCUUUCUUUAAAGGGUCGGUUAAACAACUUUCUCAUAAAUUGUUUCACAAUCAUGAAAUAGUGUCAGACGAAGAAAUGAAAGAAAUGCUCAAGAUGAUUUUAGAAAAUGACAAAUCAUGUGAUGUAAAAUUGAAAAAACUGGAGAAGAAGGGUGUUUCAUAUGAUAGAUUGUGGAAUGAAGCUUUGUAUUCAAAUGAUGAAGAAGAAGCAAAUUCUGAAAAAAGUGAUAUUGAAGAAGAAAAUGAUCAAUGA